AUGGAUCCAGAUAAAGAAAACAAAGUGAUUUUUUUAGAAAGUAAGCAAAAAAGUGACGAAGACGCUAAAGAUGAAUGUGCAGAAACUUCUCCUUUGAAAGCAGGUUUAGAUAAUACAGAAAAUAAUGUGAAGAGUGUGCAAAACAAAAAACUAACAAUUUCAGAAAGAUUAAAAUUGAUUAAAGAAAAUAUGACAGUGGAACCUAUCAUGGCAGGUUACAUAAUGCCAAGUGUUUUAGCAUCUCUAGCGACGCAGAACUUAAAUCUAGAAAAGGCUUGUCGUGUAAAUCUUAAUUUCAGCACCGAGGUAUGUGAUGCACUCAAACUGAGACAGACAGAGAACUACACGGAAUAUGAGGAAGAAGUACAGACUUUUAUAGCUGGUAUUCAAGCAUGGAAGAAUGUAGUACAAACAGCUAUACCUGUUCUUAUAAUAUUAUUUGUUGGAGCUUGGAGUGACAAGACAGGAAGGCGGAAAAUCUGUAUUCUAUUGCCAAUUGUAGGGGAAUUAAUAACAUGCAUUGGAUUCAUGAUUAAUACUUAUUUCUUUUAUGAAUUGCCUGUUGAAGUGACUGCGUUGACUGAAUCUAUUUUUCCAGCGAUAACAGGUGGUUGGUUUACGAACUUUAUAGGCGUUUUUAGUUAUAUCGGUGAUAUAACCACGACUGAAGAUAGAACAUAUCGAGUCGGUAUUGUCAACUUGUGUAUGUCUUUGGGAUAUCCUAUUGGAAGUUCUUUAAGUGGGCUGUUGCUGACUUGGAUUGGCUAUUACGGCAUAUUUUCAUUAUCAGCAUUAUUGUAUUUGUUCAGUUUAAUUUAUGGAUACUAUUACUUGGAGGAUACCAAGAGAACAACAUGCGAAUCGAAAAAUAAAGGAUGUAUUGGCUUUAUAUUAGAAUUCUUCGACACAAAAUUAGUUGUAGACACUUUUAAAGUCGCGUUCCGCAAAGGGUGUGGUAACAGACGACUUAGGGUGUGUCUCCUUCUGAUCGUCGUGUGUGUGGUGUUUGGACCUUCACAAGGUGAAUUUAGUAUUUUAUAUUUGUUUACAAGAUAUAGAUUUAAUUGGGACGAAAUACAGUAUAGCAUGUGGACGACGUAUUGUAUCGUUACGAAUCUAUUCGGAACUUUGUUUUCCAUUAGUUUGUUUAGUAAUUAUUUAAAAUUGGACGAUACUUUGCUGGGAAUAAUUUCAUGUACGAGUAAGAUUGUGGCUUCAUUUGCGUAUGCGUUUGCAAGAAACGAUUUAGAAAUAUAUUUAGCCCCACUUCUGGAAAUACUAAAUGGUACAUCAUUUAUAGCGAUGAGAUCGAUAGCUUCGAAACUGGUCAGUGGACAGGAAUUUGGCAAGGUAAACUCGUUAUUCGGAUUGGCUGAAGCGAUGACUCCCAUUGUGUACGGGCCUUUAUAUUCUAGAACGUAUAUGGCGACUCUAAACAUUUUGCCCGGGGCUGUCUUCCUUCUGGGAGCAUUAUUAACUCUACCAGCGAUUGGUAUAUUUGGUUGGCUUUAUUUCGAACAUCAAAAGGACAAACGAAAGGCAACACAAAAUUUAUCAGAUCCUGAAAAAAAUUAA